GGAUUGUCUCUCUUUGUUUCACUGUGUGUUCCUCGAUGGAGAUGGCAUCUCCGCAGUGCCUCUCCUUGCGGCCUCUCUCGUAUCACUCCCAAUCCGCGGCCGUUCCUAGUCUUGGCCUUCCGCUCUCGCUGGCCGGAGGUUGUCUUCUUUCUCCUCUUCAGCUUCGUGUAAGGAGGAGAAUGAGCUUUGUGGUGGGCAUGGCUCCUGAGGAGGAGAAGAUGACGCGCCGCUCACCUCUCGAUUUUCCCAUCGAGUGGGAAAGGCCAAAGCCGGGCCGGAGGCCCGAUAUAUUCCCGCAAUUCAGCCCUAUGAAGACACCAUUGCCCAAUCCCUUACCUGAAGAUCCUCCUGAAGAGGAAGAAGAAGAGGAAGAACAGAGAGAGGAGGAAGAGGAGGAUCCUGAGAAGGAGAAACCUGAAGAGCCAGAGAAACAGUCAAAUAUGUGGCGUUUAGGAGACUGGUGGCCUUGAAGAGCUUUAUAACAAAUUCUAAAUGAGGCCCAUAGAGAGUUUAUUUGAGGAUGUAUGUUUUAUGUCAAGAUCAACCUGCAUUUCAACAACCCAAUAAGGCCAACAUUAGGCACCUAGAUUAUUCCUCAGGUAGGUGAUGGUGGUAUUCAAAUUUUGUUCAAUGACAAGAAUGAUGGCAACAAAUAACUUUAUGUUAUAUAUAUAUAUAUAUAUAUCGUUGUUGUCAAUA